AUGGUGGGUCUGGCGAAGGCGCUCAAAGCCGAUGGGCUCACGGCCUCAGGAGAUGGCUUUCUUCAUCAAAUGUCAAAGCUUUCGGAGAAAGAUGCCGAGGGAAAAGCGCAUAUGAUUCUAGAGAAGCACAAUCUGAGCUUGCCGAUUCCUUUGAGAAAGACUCAUGGGGAUGCAGCAAUCAAAGGUUUUCCGCGAUUGAAGCCUUUAGAUAUCUUUCAAUACAUGGCCGAUUCCGGUCAUGUGAACAAGCUGCUGGGUGGAAGGACUGUGCAGUCCAGUCAUCAGUUGCUACUGGAAUUUUGGCAAAACUACAAAGCCAUACACCCGGACUUCGAGCUUUUCUCUUCACGCUACAGCGACAUUCCUUUGGAAGACUGCAUACCGAUUGUUGCACACAUUGAUGGGGGGAGAGGCUAUAAGAAAAGUGAGUUUGUGGUUUUCGAUUGGGCAGCAGUCAUAGGCUCAGGCUCGGGGAAGAAGAACAACAAGGACCCAGCUGUUCGAUCUUUGAAGAAGACCAACAACAAGAUGCAAUUGCCUUUGUUGGGCCAUUCCUUUACAACGCAUUACCUCUAUGCUGCUAUGCCAUCUGCCUGGCACAAGAAUCAUGAAGAAGCAUUCCAGGCAUUGCUUUCUACGUUCGCCGAAGACCUCAGGGAAUGUUUCGAUGAGGGGGUUUCCUUCAAAGGCAGGGUUUUGCGACUGGUUUUGCUAGGCUUGAAAGGCGACUUGAAAAUGCAGGCACGUGCUGGACGCCUAACCCGAUGGUUCACGACAGCUCGCAAGGCUCCAUUUUCUUCAACAAGCAAGGGUACUGGCCAAUGCUGUUGGUUGUGUGCAGCUGGGGAUGUCACUGCCCCUUUCGAAGAGAUUGAUAAAAACACACCUGCAUGGCUUACAAGUAUGCCUACAUUUACAGAGGUUCCAUGGCUGCCUGGACAGGAAGGCGGGAUGAUCAGCCCAUCCUUGUCCUACAUGGACCGACCUGCCAAGUUUUACUUCGUUGAUUUGUUCCACGUGUAUCUCGCAGGAGUCGGCCAAGACUUCGCUUCAUCCUGCCUUGUCUACAUGCUGCCGAUAUGUUUCCCUGGCUCUGAGGGCAACUCCGUGGAUGCACAAAUCGAGAAGUUGAACCAGGUGUACACACACUGGAGAAAGACACGGAAGGUGCCGAUGCAUCUGGUUUCUUUCACAAGGGACAAACUGCAGUUCCAUGAUGCUACUUCGGCGUACCCAGCUGGUACUUGGUCAAAGGCUGCUGAUACUGCACGGAUCGUUCAGUUCAUUAUCUUUGUUUGUGCUGAGCUGCACAAUGACAUUUGUUCUCGAACUGAAAACAAAAUGAUGUACUACAUCCUUCAAGCAGCUCUGGCGAUCUCCGGCUUUAUGAAGGGUCUUUAUGCAGCAGACUUGUGGAUUGAUUUCGAGCUGCACAUGGAACCAGCAGCAACAGCCCCGAUCAUCAAAGAUGGUAACAAGUUCCUCCGCGUGUUGCCGCAAAUAGUGCCCAGUCACGGGUGCUACAGAGAUGGCUUGCUGCAGCCAUGCAGCAGUGGUCACGUGACUGAGCUCCGGACCACUUCCGAAGAGCUCGACGAG